GAACUGAUGAGUCCCCAGAACCACUGCCAAUCCCAACAUUUUUGUUGGGAUACGAUUACGAUUUUCUGGUGCUGUCUCCAUUUGCUUUGCCGUACUGGGAGAGACUGAUGUUGGAACCGUACGGAUCUCAAAGAGAUGUUGCUUACGUUGUGGUGUGCCCCGAGAAUGAGGCUCUGCUGAAUGGAGCAAAAAGCUUCUUUCGAGAUCUGACUGCAAUCUAUGAGUCAUGCAGGCUUGGUCAGCACAGACCUAUCUGUAAGUUACUGCCUGAUGGGAUCAUGAGAGUUGGACCUACUGCUUCAAAGAAACUUUCGGAGAAGUUGGUCACAGAAUGGUUCUCACAGACAGCUAAUGCCAACAAUGAAGCAUUUUCCAAACUCAAGCUAUAUGCCCAAGUUUGCAGAUAUGAGCUGGGUCCUUAUCUUGCUUCUCAGCCUUUGGACAGUUCUUUACUUGCCCAGACAAAUCUAGUCCCUCCUUCUAGCCAGCCGGUCUCUGCUCUGCCCCCAGUGACAGCCAACACUGGAAAUCUGAACACUCCAUCGUCCGCUCCUGCAGCUCCCACCAGUAGUGCUAUGCCAGUGACAUCAAACAGUGCCAUGUCUUCUGCCGUUACUACAGCUAAUUCAACCUUGACUACCACUGCCCCGUCGUCCUCUUCUGCCAAUAUAGGCAGUGGGAUACCAACAAGCAAGCCUUCUUCAUUUCCGCCUUUUAGCAGUAUGAACAAUACCACUUCUGCCUCCCUGCCUGCUCAGGCUGCAACAGUCCAAAAUGGGCAAACAGGAGGGCAGCCGCAACAGCCAACGCUGCAAACGGCAGGGAUGUCUGGAGAGAUGACUUCAGCGCCCGCACAGCCCCAUCCAGAAGUUUCUGAAAGCACUAUGGAUCGUGAUAAAGUUGGAGUCCCUACAGAUGGAGAUUCACACGCUAUCACCUAUCCACCUGCAAUUGUAGUUUACAUAAUUGAUCCUUUUACAUAUGAAAAAAAGGAUGAGAACAAUAGCUCAUCUAGUUUGUGGACACUUGGACUUCUGCGCUGCUUUUUAGAGAUGGUUCAGGUUCUUCCUCCUAACAUCAAGAAUAUAAUUUCUGUGCAGAUUGUCCCAUGUCAGUACCUUCUACAACCUGUGAAACACGAAGACCGGCAGAUUUACACUCAGCAUUUAAAAUCUUUGGCAUUUUCAGCUUUUACUCAGUGUCGGAGACCUCUUCCAACUUCCACCAACGUGAAAACAUUAACAGGCUUUGGUCCAGGUUUAGCAAUGGAAACUGCUCUUAAGAGCCCUGAUAGACCAGAGUGCAUUCGACUAUACACCCCUCCUUUUAUACUGGCUCCUGUAAAGGACAAGCAAACAGAACUAGGAGAAACUUUUGGAGAAGCUGGCCAGAAGUAUAAUGUGCUUUUUGUAGGCUACUGUUUGUCUCAUGAUCAAAGAUGGCUUCUCGCAUCCUGUACAGAUCUCUAUGGAGAACAGUUAGAAACUUGCAUAAUUAAUAUUGAUGUACCAAACAGAGCUCGCAGGAAAAAGGGCUCUGCCCGCAGACUUGGUCUUCAGAAACUUUGGGAAUGGUGCUUGGGACUUGUGCAGAUGAGCUCUUUGCCGUGGAGAGUUGUAAUAGGCCGUUUAGGAAGAAUAGGACACGGGGAAUUAAAAGAUUCUGUAUCGACUGGCUCUGUAUUUGGACGCAGCACCACUUUAAAUAUGCAGACAUCUCAGCUGAAUACCCCACAGGACACAUCAUGCACUCACAUACUUGUGUUUCCCACAUCUGCAUCUGUGCAAGUAGCAUCGUCAACUUACACCACUGAAAACUUGGAUCUGGCCUUUAACACAAACAAUGAUGGAGCAGAUGGAAUGGGAAUCUUUGACUUGUUAGACACUGGAGAUGAUCUUGAUCCUGAUAUUAUAAAUAUUCUUCCUGCAUCCCCCACUGGAUCCCCUGUACAUUCUCCAGGGUCCCACUACCCCCACGGAGGUGAUAUCGGCAAGGGUCAAGGUACAGACCGAUUGCUUUCAACAGAAUCUCAUGAUGAAGUAACAAAUAUACUGCAACAACCACUGGCCCUUGGUUAUUUUGUGUCAACUGCCAAAGCAGGUCCAUUGCCUGACUGGUUUUGGUCAGCGUGUCCUCAAGCACAAAAUCAGUGUCCCUUGUUUCUUAAGAAGUUGGAUUAUAUUAAAUUGGCCGCGCUGAGCGCCCCCGAGCUGCGGCUGCUGCUGCCCUGCCUGGUGCGCAUGGCCCUGUGCGCCCCCGCCGACCAGAGCCAGAGCUGGGCGCAGGACAAGAAGCUGAUCUUGCGGCUGCUCUCGGGGGUGGAGGCUGUCAACUCCAUCGUGGCCUUACUCUCCGUGGACUUCCACGCCCUGGAGCAGGACGCUAGCAAAGAGCAGCAGCUCCGGCACAAGUUGGGAGGAGGGAGCGGAGAAAGCAUCUUGGUGUCGCAGCUUCAGCAUGGGCUGACACUGGAAUUUGAACACAGCGAUUCACCACGUCGGCUUCGUCUCGUACUUAGCGAAUUACUGGCAAUUAUGAAUAAGGUGUCAGAAUCGAAUGGUGAGUUUUUUCUCAAAUCUUCUGAGCUCUUCGAAAGUCCUGUUUACCUGGAGGAGGCAGCAGAUGUUCUCUGCAUUUUGCAAGCAGAGCUGCCGUCGCUGUUGCCGAUAGUUGAUGUGGCUGAAGCUCUGUUGCACGUUAGAAACGGAGCCUGGUUCCUCUGCCUUCUGGUGGCCAACGUUCCUGAUAGCUUUAAUGAGGUCUGCAGAGGUUUGAUUAAGAAUGGUGAACGCCAGGAUGAGGAAAGCGUCGGAGGCCGUCGGAGAACAGAAGCACUUCGUCAUCUCUGUAAAAUGAACCCUUCCCAGGCUCUGAGGGUCCGAGGCAUGGUGGUGGAGGAGUGCCAUCUGCCAGGUCUUGGUGUGGCUUUGACGUUGGAUCACACCAAAAAUGAAUCUUCAGAUGAUGGAGUGAGUGACCUGGUGUGUUUUGUGAGUGGUUUGCUACUUGGAACAAAUGCAAAAGUUCGAACUUGGUUUGGAACUUUUAUCCGAAAUGGCCAACAGAGAAAAAGAGAUAAUAUCAGUUCCGUGCUUUGGCAAAUGAGGCGGCAGCUGCUCCUGGAGCUCAUGGGAAUCCUUCCCACGGUUCGCAGCACACACAUUGUGGAAGAAGCAGAUGUUGAUAUGGAGCCAAAUGUGUCUGUGUAUUCAGGACUGAAGGAAGAGCAUGUCGUGAAAGCCAGCGCGUUGUUACGUCUCUAUUGCGCUUUGAUGGGAAUUGCUGGGCUGAAGCCAACUGAUGAAGAAGCUGAGCAGCUCCUGCAGCUCAUGACCAGCCGACCUCCCGCAACCCCAGCUGGUGUUCGCUUUGUGUCUCUUUCCUUCUGUAUGCUGCUGGCCUUCUCCACUCUUGUCAGCACCCCAGAACAGGAGCAACUGAUGGUAAUGUGGCUGAGUUGGAUGAUAAAGGAGGAAGCUUACUUCGAGAGCAUUUCUGGUGUAUCUGCUUCUUUUGGAGAGAUGCUUCUCUUGGUAGCCAUGUAUUUCCACAGUAAUCAGCUCAGCGCUAUCAUUGAUUUGGUCUGCUCCACCUUGGGAAUGAAGAUUGUCAUUAAGCCCAGCUCGCUCAGCAGAAUGAAGACAAUCUUCACACAGGAGAUUUUCACUGAGCAGGUUGUUACGGCCCAUGCAGUUCGCGUGCCUGUUACAGGCAAUCUCAGUGCCAACAUUACUGGGUUUUUACCUAUUCACUGCAUUUACCAGCUUUUAAAAAGUCGAUCAUUCACCAAGCACAAAGUAUCCAUUAAGGACUGGAUCUAUCGACAGCUCUGUGAAACCACCACUCCGCUCCAUCCUCAGUUGCUUCCUCUCAUUGAUGUUUACAUUAACUCUAUUCUUACUCCUGCAUCUAAAUCCAACCCAGAGGCCACAAAUCAGCCUGUCACGGAACAGGAGAUACUGAAUGUUUUUCAAGGACUCUCUGGGGUAGAAAAUACUCGUCUUACCCAACGAUACAGCAUCACAACACAAUUGCUUGUCCUCUACUACGUCCUGUCGUAUGAAGAAGCCCUUCUGGCAAGCACAAAGAUCCUAGCUGCCAUGCAGAAAAAACCCAAGUCUUACUCUUCGGCAUUAAUGGAUCAGAUUCCAAUCAAGUACCUCAUCCGGCAGGCACAGGGACUGCAGCAGGAACUGGGAGGUUUGCAUUCUGCGCUCUUACGCCUUCUUGCAACUAACUAUCCACACCUGUGCAUCGUGGAAGACUGGAUCUGUGAGGAACAGAUCACAGGCACUGAUGCCUUACUGAGGAGGAUGCUUCUUACAAACAUGGCAAAGAAUCACUCUCCCAAACAGCUCCAAGAAGCAUUUUCCAUGCUGCCUGGAAAUCAUACCCAGCUGAUGCAGAUCCUAGAACAUUUAACACUUCUCUCAGCGGGUGAAUUGAUCCCAUAUGCAGAAGUACUGACAUCAAAUAUGAAUCACUUGCUGAAUGCUGGGGUCCCUCGCAGGAUUCUUCAGACUGUCAAUAAACUUUGGAUGGUUCUUAAUACUGUGAUGCCAAGAAGACUGUGGGUGAUGACUGUUAAUGCUCUGCAGCCUUCAGUAGUCCGACAGCAGAAAUACACUCAGAAUGAUCUGAUGAUUGAUCCUUUGAUUGUACUAAGAUGUGAUCAGAGAGUUCAUAGGAGUCCUCCUCUCAUGGAUAUAACCUUGCACAUGUUGAAUGGAUAUCUUCUAGCGUCAAAAGCUUUCCUCAAUUCUCACCUUAAAGAAACUGCAGAGCAGGACAUCAGACCAUCCCAAAACAGUGCAAUGGGUCCAGAGGCCCCAGAAGUUACGAGGGAAGAAUUAAAAAAUGCAUUGUUAGCUGCUCAGGACAGUGCUGCUGUGCAGAUUCUUCUAGAGAUCUGCUUACCUACAGACGAAGAAAAAGCCCAGAGCAGUAAUUCCCACAGUUUGCUAAAGAGUGUUCAUAGUACCACAGGCCCUAAGAGUCCUGAACUAGAAGAAGAAGAUAGCUUGCUGUGUAAUCUUCGAGAGGUCCAGUGUCUGAUCUGCUGUCUCCUGCAUCAGAUGUAUAUAGCUGAUCCCAACAUCGUCAAACUGGUUCAUUUCCAGGGUUAUCCAUGUGAACUCCUGGCGCUGACAGUGGCGGGGAUUCCAUCGAUGCACAUCUGUCUGGAUUUCAUACCUGAGCUCAUAGCCCAGCCUGAACUGGAAAAGCAGAUCUUUGCCAUCCAGUUACUUUCAUUUCUGUGUAUCCAGUAUGCACUACCAAAAUCUCUCAGCGUGGCUCGUUUAGCAAUUAAUGUGAUGGGAACUCUACUCACAGUUUUAACCCAGUCGAAGCGCUAUGCUUUUUUUAUGCCGACCCUACCUUGUCUGGUGUCAUUCUGUCAAGCCUUUCCUCCUCUGUAUGAGGAUAUUAUGUCUCUGCUGAUACAAAUAGGACAAGUGUGUGCCUCUGAUGUUGCUACACAGACAAGAGACUUUGACCCAAUUAUUACACGUCUCCAGCAACUAAAGGAGAAACCACUUGAAGUGUCAGGACUUUGUAAAGAUUCAUCUGACAAAAGUUGUUCAAGGGACAUUGCCAGCAUGGACCCUUAUGUUCAGUUAUGCCAGUGUGUGGAAAAUACUAUCAUCGAAAUAAUUAACAUGAGCGUAAGUGGAGUUUAGGAAGAACACAAAUGAAAUUGUACUGUAGCUAGUCCCACAGUCAAUGGUGCCUAAAUUUGGAGAAAGCUGCAAAAGUGGAUUGAGAAACUGGAGCACAAGAAGUCCGUGUUUUUCAUU